UUGGCAAGCAAUUGUGCGGAUGACAGCUCGGGGAAAGGGUGUUGGUGAGCUGUGAGCGUAACACUCAUCUUGAAACAUUUCUUUGUCUUUUACAUACUUUUAGUCUGUAUAUUUUGUGUUUGGAUCACAGUCCUUCCCGGUGGGAUGAGAAGACAGCUGUCGCACAAUACUUUUCCAAAGAAGCGUCACUGGACGCGUCUUAAAUAAUCCACUCUUUGGCAGAAGCGCACUGCGCUGUGGCGCACCCUACUCGCUGCUGCCUCUGUUUCUCUGGGAAAAGUUUGAGACUCCAACGCCGAAUUGCUUUUGAAGAUAUUUCGAAUAAAUCGCAUCGUUCCUCAUUUUUUUGUUUCCGUUUCCACAGUUGUUGACAAUUUCAUUGUUAAAAUAUUUUAAGAAUAAGAAGGCGCGUCCCAGAAGACCAUGGAGACUAACCCUAUACCCAUUUUGACUAUCCAAACGUCCCCUUUCGAUGACCAGAGACCAGGGACAAACGGCCUGAGAAAGAAGACAGCUGUUUUUGAGAGUAAAAAGAACUAUCUUCAAAAUUACAUCCAAAGUGUCCUUUCCUCCAUCGACUUGAGGGACCGUCAGGGAUGCACGAUGGUAGUAGGCAGCGAUGGAAGAUACUUCAGCCGGGCUGCAACAGAAGUUAUCGUACAGAUGGCAGCUGCCAACGGGAUAGGACGUCUGGUCAUAGGACACAACGGGAUCUUGUCCACUCCAGCUGUGUCCUGCAUCAUCAGGAAGAUAAAAGCCAUUGGUGGGAUAAUCCUCACUGCGAGCCACAGUCCAGGAGGCCCAGGAGGAGACUUUGGGAUCAAAUUCAAUGUCGCUAAUGGAGGCCCAUCUCCAGACACAGUGAUGGAGAGGAUCCAUCAGGUGAGUCGCACACUAGAGGAAUACGCUAUCUGCCCUGACCUUCACAUCGACCUGUCCCGCCUCGGCCGCCAUGACUUUGAUUUGGAGAACAAGUUCAAGCCCUUCAGAGUUGAGAUUGUAGAUUCUGUUGAGAUCUAUCUGAACAUGCUGCGAGGGAUUUUUGACUUUGGUGUGAUUAAGAGCUUACUGACAGGACAACAGCUGAAGAUCAGAAUAGAUGCCAUGAAUGGAGUUAUGGGACCCUAUGUCAGAAGAAUCCUAUGUGAUGAGCUCGGGGCUCCAGCUAACUCUGCUGUUAACUGUGUCCCACUGGAAGACUUUGGAGGCCAACAUCCCAACCCUAACCCUGCAUUCGCUGCAUCACUGGUGGACUCUAUGAAGGGGGGAGAGUUUGGAUUUGGGGCUGCUUUCGAUGCAGACGGGGAUCGUUACAUGAUUAUGGGUCAGACUGGAUUCUUUGUGAGUCCAUCAGAUUCACUGGCAGUGAUGGCUGCAAACCUCUCCUGCAUCCCUUACUUUAGUCAGAGGGGAAUCCGAGGCUUUGCCCGCAGUAUGCCAACCAGCACAGCCAUUGACAGGGUUGCUAAGGCAAUGAAGGUAGCUCUUUAUGAAACUCCCAGCGGCUGGAGAUUCUUUGGAAACCUGAUGGACUCUGGGAGGUGUUCAUUUUGUGGAGAGGAGAGCUUUGGAACAGGCUCGGACCACAUUCGAGAUAAAGAUGGCCUGUGGUCAGUACUGAUAUGGUUGUCCAUCAUGGCUGUUCGUAAGCAGGGGGUGGAAGAAAUAGUAAGAGAUCACUGGGCCAAAAUGGGACGCAACUACUUCUGCAGGUUUGAUUAUGAAGGUGUGGAUGGCAGGGCAGCAUAUUACCUCAUGAAAGAUUUGGAGGCUGUUAUCACCGAUAAAGCCUUCACCAGUCAGAAGUUUGCAGUAGGCAAUAAUGUCUACAGUGUGGAGAAGGCCGAUAAUUUUGAAUACAUCGACCCAGUGGAUGGCAGUGUUUCUAGGAAACAGGGCCUAAGAAUCAUUUUCACUGACUCUUCCCGAAUAAUCUUCCGGCUCAGUGGUUCUGGUGCUGGAGCCGGGGCCACCAUCCGCAUCUAUGCAGAGAGCUAUGAAAGAGACCCUGAGAGACACAGCAGAGAGACUCAGGUUGUGCUGGGCCCCCUCAUUGCCAUUGCUCUAAAGAUCUCGAACAUCCACGAACGAACUGGAUGCAAAGGCCCCAAUGUCAUCACCUGAGACCAACCCAGCACUGCACACCAGGGGCCAAAAUCACGAGACUUUGUCUCCAUGCUUUCCUGUUUCUGCAACACCACAAAGAAUGUGCCAGCUGUUUGUUUUGCUGCUGUUUUUCCAUACGUUUUUCCUCAUUUUCCUCCAUCUGUACGAGGGCCCCUGUUAAGCUGUCACUUAUUUUGCACAUUUAUACACUCAUGUAAACCACAAAAAAAUUCAAAUGGGAGAAAAAAAAAUUUCUCUGCGCUCACACAAAAAGCACCUGUAUGACAUGGAGGUUAUAUGUAGAUCACCUGGUAUUUUCAAUAUGCUGAUUUGAAUCAGCUGGGGUCUAAAUCCAAAGUAUGGUGAAUUUGGUGUAACUGAGUGCUUUUGUUUACAAUGUAGCUGAGCUGUUACAAAGAAAUGUAUUCAAGACAAUCGAUUAAAUGAGGGAGCAAUGUUGUUCAGUAGAAACACAAAAAAUAAUCUAUGUGAUGUGACUGCUAGAGGUUAUAUCCAACAGUGAGCCACAACACUUAAAUAAUAAUUAUAAAGAUUGUCUUGGUUUUGUUGCUACAGAUAUUACAUCCUGCUUUUAAUCUGUUAACACUGGGUUUGAUUUGCAAUUUUCUGACCAUUUUCUGAAAUGUGAAGUCUUGAACCAUCCUCAAAAUGAACUUGUGACAUGAUUCGAAAUAAGUACAAGGAUUUAUUUUUUAUUUUUUAUUUCAUUUCCCAUUUUGGGUCCUAUCUGGCAUGUUGCCAAGUAUAUCCGAGUACCUCUGACACUUUCACAGAAGAAUGCUUGAAAAUUAAAAUGAAGGAAAACAUACUUCAAAGUUUAAUUUGCCCAAUGAAACCCAUUUAACUCCUAAUAAUUUCUUGAUGAGUAAUGAUUCUUUAAUACAGUGUUUGCUUUAAUUUUAAAAUCCUGCAUGAUCAGCUGUCUGCGUAUAAGAUGGAUUGGUAACACUUUACAAUAAGGGUCCAUUUGUUUACAUUAGUUAACAUGAACUAACAAUGAACAAUACUUUUACAGCAUUAAUUAAUCUUUGUUAAUGUUAAUUUAAACAAAUACUAAUACAUUUUCAAAAUCAAAAGUACCAUAUGUUUACAGUUAAUGCACUAUGAACUAACAAUGAAAAGUUUUGUUUUUAUUAACUUACAUUAAUAAAUACUGUAAAAAAAUAUAUUAAUUUAUAUUUAUAGGUUUAUUGUUAUUGCAUGAUACCUAAUGCAUUAACUAAUGUUAACAAAUGGAACCUUACUGUUAAUUGUUACCGAUGGAUUAUGUGCAUUCCAUUGUGUGAUGAGAGCUUUGUUUUGACUGUUUAGCGUUUGAAGUACAUUACUAUUAUUAUUACUAUCAUCAUCAUUAUUAUUAUAUAACAAUUGUGACUAUUGUAUUACAUAAAUGCAUUCAGUAUUUAUGCAAGUGUUUAAUGUAUUACAAAUACACUGGCAGCCAAAAGUUUAGAAUAAUGUACAGAUUUUGCUGUUUCGGAAGGAAAUUGAUACUUUAAUUCACCAAAGUGGCAUUUAACUGAUCACAAAGUAUAGUCAGGACAUUACUGAUGUAAAAAAAAAGCACCAUCACUAUUUGAAAAAGUUAUUUUUGAUCAAAUCUAGACAGGACCCAUUUCCAGCAGCCAUCACUCCAACACCUUAUCCUUGAGUAAUCAUGCUAAAUUGCUAAUUUGGUACUAGAAAAUCACUUGUUAUUAUAUCAAACACUGCUGAAAGCUAUUUGGUUUGUUAAAUGAAGCUUAAAGUUGUCUUUGUGUUUGUUUUUGAAUUGCCACAGUAUGCAAUAGACUGGCAUGUCUUAAGGUCAAUAUUAGGUCAAAAAUGGCAAAAAAGAAACAACUUUCUCUAGAAACUCAUCAGUCAAUCAUUGUUUUGAGGAAUGAAGGCUAUACAAUUUUGAAACUGCCAAAAAAUAGAAGAUUUCGCACAAAGGUGUACACUACAGUCUUCAAAGUUAAAGGACAACUGGCUCUAACAAGGACAGAAAGAGAUGUGGAAGACCAGAGUCUCUAGUUUGAGAAAUAGAUGCCUCACAUGUCCUCAGCUGACAGCUUCAUUGAAUUCUACCCGCUCAACACCAGUUUCAUGUACAAAAGUAAAGAGAAGACUCAGGGGUGCAGGCCUCAUAAGAAGAAUUGCAAAGAAAAAGCCACUUUUGAAACAGAAAAACAAAAAGGAAAGGUUAGACUGGGCAAAGAAACACAGACAUUGGACAACAGAUAAAUGAAAAAGAGUGUUAUGGAUCUUAACCCCAUUGAGCUUUUGUGGGAUCAGCUAGACUGUAAGGUGUGUGAGAAGUGCCCGACAAGACAGCCACAUCUAUGGCAAGUGCUACAGGAAGCGUGGGGUGAAAUGUCACCUGAGAAUCUGGACAAACUGACAGCUAGAAUGCCAAGGAUCUGCAAAGCUGUCAUUGCUGCACGUGAAGGAUUUUUUAGAUGAGAACUCUGAAGUAGUUUAGUUAUUAAUUAAAACUGCACAUUAUUAAUGUCCUGACUAUACAUUGUGAUCAGUUGAAUGCCACUUCGGUGAAUAAAAGUGCCAAUUUCUUUCCAUAAGAGCAAAAUCUGUACAUUAUUCCAAACUUUCUGCCACCAGUGUGCAGUGUUUGAGUGCAUUUGACAAAGAUUUUUAUUUUUUAUUUAGCAGAUUCUUAAAAUUCAAGGUUUGCCCUCUAAAACCCUUCUGAUCUGCACAAUCGCCCUGUACAGAUUUUGAUGAAUCAUAGGUGAAAAAAACUUACACCAACUACUUAAGUUAAACAAAUUGCCUUAGCUGUAAUUAAUUUUGUAUCCUAAAUCGUGCAAAUAAACUUGAUCUUUUGUGUG